AUGAUUCGUCGCACCUGCGCCAUCUCUCGCCUUUUUAACUCCACCUUCUCUCCGCCCCUCUCCCUCUGGCAUUUGCGCCUCUUUUUCGCCAUCCUUUUCUCUAUCUCUUUUACCGCUACGGCUUUAACCACCGCUCGUCUACUUACUGCACGAUUUCUCAGCCAACAGCCCUUCCUUCACCUCGGCACUCUUAUCUGCUGUACCGUUGGGUUAAUCCGUUGUCGUGGAAAUCAUCUUCAAAAGGUUUUCUGUACUUCGCACAUCUCUAAACGACUUCGUCAAGCAACCCUCUGUGCUUCGGUUGCUAUCACUCUCUCGGCUCUUGCUUCUCUUCCCACUCCAACCUCUGUGACUGCUACAACGUCGGAUUCUGAUGUUGCGCAUCUUGACAUAUGGCUUCUCCUGGCUCUCACGCUCUGUGUCCAAGUCUUUCUUCCCAUUUGUCGAGUACGGCAUCUUGUGUGUGUAGUCAUUGCGCUGGUGCAUGCUGUCAUAGUGGUUUUUAGGAGGGUCACCGCUAGUAAUGCGGCGAUUCUCAGCGGCGGUGGCGGUGAAUGUUUCUUGUGUUGGAAUUCGUGUGACGUCCGAUUUUGGCGUAAGGUUGCCUCAAAUCUGGUAGCUUUCACACUGACCAACUUGAUUGGUUGGCAUCUGUCUUGUCAAAACUACCUGGAGCGUUGGAGGUGUCUUUGUGUUGUACUGCAUGCCGCCGCCAGACAGUCGACUCUGCUUUCGACUCAGAAGAAACUCAACCGAAUCUCACGGGCUAUCGUGCCUCCAGCGUUGACAACUGAUUUGGAGCACGAUUUUUACUCUCCUCCUUACGUUUGGUCUUCUCCUCUGGUCAUUUACCUUCGAAAUGUCAGCUUCCUCAGCGCUGAAUUGGUCGGUUUUUACACCUCAAAUGGAGCUGGUAGCGGUUGUGCUGGAGGCGGCUUGUCACCGAUGCUUCCCAACACUGGUGUUCCAGAAGUUGAACGUUAUCCACAGCCUGCAGCUCAACACGUGGUAACAUUUACGAAUCAACUCAUCGGUCAAAUCAAAGCGCUGUGUGAGAAUCAUGGUUGCUACGCCGUUCAUGUACGACCGGGUGAAGUUCUCUGCAUUGCGGGCUAUCCAGAGGUGCGUGUCGAUCAUGCAAACUCCUGUGUCCAACUGGCACUCGCAAUUAACCGGCUACUGAGAUCCAUUUCCAACUCUGCGCGCAUCCAAUUGGAAGCACGAAUGGCAAUCCACACUGGAGAGGCAUACGCUGCAGUGCUGGGUCAAUCAGCCCUGACCUUCGACCUUUUGGGAGCUGAUGUCUUUCAUCUCCGUCGCCACCUUCGUGCUGCUGCCAAACCGGGACGAGUUCUGGUUUCGAGGGCCACAUUUGACCAACUGCCUGAAGGCUACGAGGGCGAACUGGGCCCAACAGUCGUGGAUCCUUCCGCAAAUCGUCACGUUUUCCACUGCGAAACGCUUUACGUCCAACCUCGCAAAUCUGCCGACACAUCCGUCUCCUCUACGGAAUGCCUCGACUCAAGGUGGCCAAAUCUUGGUGAAUCCAUUUCAACAGGUGGUCUUGCACAAGCCUUUGCAAGACUGGCGCACCAAAUAACUCUGGAAAGUGCUGAGUCCUCCAACUCAACAGAAACGUCCACCUUGAUUUCAAUACUGCGUCAUAUGAAGAUGAAGGAGGAAGGCAUGGAGGGAGAGGAUGAAAUUGCAGCGUGUCUGAAAGGACUUUGCGACCACAGAUGCCUUCCGAUACAGGUGUAUCAACGAGCUCAAAGUGGAUCUGUACGUGAUAUCAACCAAUCCGGAGGCAAUAGGUGGGUUCGCAACCCGGUCAUACAAAUGAGAAAUCCGGGAAAAGGAAAGCAGGAGAGUUUGCUGGGUUUCCAGGCAUCUCAAUCAGGUCUUAACUUAUCCUCGGAAUCACGGAAGCUUUCAGUUGAUUCGAAGGUCAUCUGUGAAGAUCUUCAACCAACUCCAACGAAAUGCACCUCCUGUCCAACGCCAUUUCUGGGUCCGAGCAUCGAUGCGAUGUGCCCACUGGCAGAGGCAGUUCUAUGGAAUCGACUAUUUCUUCGGAGGGAUCAACUCAAGGUCUUGCGAAAUUCACUGGCAUGGAUGGUGCUUCUGCUGGUGCUCCUGGGAGUGGCCGGCGGCCUCUUGGUAACAAGGGUCUCCUUCGCGCUGAUUGUCUAUCCCUGUGUGAUCACAUGGUGUCUCCUCUUGCUUGUCACUUUCUCAAUCCGUCGACUCGACGAUUUUACCUGUUUCCCGGUGACUUCACGGCAAGCUUGUGUGGUAUUCACCCUCUUCCUUCUUCUCGCCUCUCUACUCUUCAUGUUGUUAGCCGACACGCACGACAUUGAUGUUGCUAGCCGUGGCAAUGGUAGUAAUAAAUGUCGUUUCUGGGGUUUGGAAGCCGGUGACUCAUUGUGGCACCUGAUUUGUCUGCAACGAAUCUUCUCCUCGUUUACUGGAGAUAAUUUCGGUCCUCCUGAGGCGGUUGAACAGUCUACAACCGUUGGAUUAAUGUUUGUCUCCUUCGAAGUACAGCAACCCGUUAGCGAAUUCACAACACCAUGGCAACGCACACCACAGUUGAGCACCACCACUGUACUGGCCUGUCUCAGUCUCCUCCUACUACUCACCCUGACACCCUCUGUUCCGCCAACACCUCUCAAUAGUGCCAUCAUUGCUGGAAUUUUCUCCGGCCUUCAUAUCACCUUCGCUACCACCCGUUUCAUCCAUCUUCCUGCUCCGCCUUCCAACAGCAGUUCGACGUUUUUCUGGACGACCUUGCUACCCAAUUCCUUGGCAGCUCAUCUCGUAUUCGUUCUUCUUGUUUGUUUGCUGCCAUGGCAAACCGCAAAACUGCAUCAUUGGACUGAACAGUGGGUUAAAAUUCUGCUAGAGCAAAAGGUGGAUCUAAUCGGCCGUCGUUUUGCACUAGAGCACUUAUUGGACAAUCAAAUUCCUCGUGCUCACUUGCCAACAGAACCCACCAACACUCUUGCGGAGUCCUGUACAUAUCCCUCAAGCCUUUCUGAUAUGUUCCCACCUCGAGAACAUCUCGCUACCGCUGUAAUUGCUGUUGCUAUCCACGGCACAGGCAAAGGUGAUGAUAUGCUUCAGUAUCAACGGUCGCCAAUUCGAAGUGCUGCGUUGAGCCAAUCUAUAACCACCACUGCCACCGCCUCCUCCUCCUCCUCCUCCACUGCUAGUCGUCGAUCGCGCGAGGCAACGGUGAUUGCAGACGCUGUUCGUCGACUUAACCGUCGCAUUUGUCUCAUCGACCAAAUGGCUUGUGGUGGUGACGCAGAAAUGAUGGGAAAUGCGGUGAAUAGAAUCAUUAAGUCACUGUCAAAACCUUCUCUCCCUCUUGUCAAGGUCCAUUCGGUGGGAAACUGUGUGGCCUACGCACUUCUUGAUGCGGAUUCAAAGGAUUCACCGUCGCAACUAGGUCUCUUCGCUGCCUUCCUCAUCCAGCUGUUCGAAGAACUGGAGAGUCAGUGUCUUCAAAAGUCUAGUGAAGAGUUCCGGAGUGGAGAUGAGGCCCUCGCAUGUCGUCUACAAAUUGGCCUUCACAUCGGCGCCACGGUGAGCGGUGUAGUUGACGGUCCUCAGUUUCUUCUCCUUCACGAAACCCUCGAUUUUGCCCUCCGCCUUGCCAACGCCACUCCUCCUGCCCCGAUAGAUAGAUCGCUCCUCCUUGCAUCCGCCGAUUUCACUGCCCGUUGGGGUACCGAAUCGUUGGUCGGAGCGCAGCCAAUUGGUGUGAACGGCGGUGGAGGCAGUACCAGUGCUAGCGACGUGUUUCUCUGGUCCACGGAAAUCCAGCACAUCCCACAUUUGAUCGCUGCUAUGAGGCCGGUUCUUAGCACUGCUAUUCAACCACCUGUGUUUCGAAAUAGAUCAAAAAAGCCACUUGCGACACCGCCAAACUUGGAGCAUCCUCGGUCUGCAUCCUCAUUGGUUAAUUCGAAUUCUUCACCCCCACCACCACCUCCACCACCACCACAUAAACGAAAUUACGCGGUGGGCGAGGCGCGAUACCAAAAUCAUAGUUCUCCACUUUUGCCACGACGGGAUCGUAAACUGUCCUCGCCCCUCCUACCACCGCGUCACUCCUCUCCUCCCUCUAGAUGGGCUCAAAAAUCCGUGUCCUCGGAUGGCCCUAAAGACGGGGACAACGUUGAUAGAGCCUGUUUCGCUAUGGCCGAGGUGGAGAUUGUCAACGGUUAUGCUCAGCCCACGACUAGAUUGGUAGGGAGCAGUGCAACAGCUUCUCCUUACUGCGUCACUAAGGACUCCAGUGGCUAUGCCAACCAUCAAAAUCACCAGUCCUCUCUGUUUCAGCCGAUAUUUGAGCCCCCCAAAACUACAAUCGACGUUGCUGCAACUUCAAUCACCUCUUCGGACAAUGUCUUUCUCGCUCUUGAAGGCACCUGUGAGCGUGUAGAAGCCUUGCAAAGUGAGGCAGUCACCAGCCUUUCCUCUGCAUCACCUACAACCACGGCCAACACGCAUCAUCACCAUAGCAACCCUCUCUACACUGACAACGAGUACUAUGAUGAUGAGGAUGAGGAGGUGGAGGAGGUUAAUGGAAAUAUCAUUGAUGGUGUCAAACAGUCAGGAGACGAGAUGCCAAGUGGUUGUCUAGACGCUGGUGUAGAAUGGAUUCAACGAGCUCCAAUGUUGGGAGACUUUAGUGCCUCGGUUAUCUCCGGAUCCAACUUUCCAAACUACCGACGUCCUUCCACACCACCUUCCAAUCCACGUCAAACACUCUACAAUCCUCCAAUUGUUGUUGGCGCCACUGCUUUUGCAAGUGGCAAUGGUGAAGUUCAGAGGAGGACUUCUGUAAAGCUGAACGACAAGGACUCCACGUCAAUGGAUUUGCUGAGCAUCUGUGUUGUUCCUUCCGUUGCCUGCGACUAUGAAUUUGAAGCUGGAAUAACCGACUUCAGCGUCAACGACGACGAAGAGGAAGAUGACUUGGAAGCCGAGAUGGCAAACAAUUUGACACAUGCAGAGUCCGGUGACGUUCCUCUGUUGAUGGACACUUCUUGGAUGACUUCCACCGAGGGUGGUGGUCGAGUUGAUGGCGUGCCAUCGAAGACACCGAAAAUGAGUGACUCCCUGCUGGUAGAGACUGGAGGUCCACUGGAAGACGAUUUCUCGGAGUUCUCGUCCUCUGCUGCCGUCGCUGCUGUUGUCACUGGUGGUGAUGAGGAGGUCUCUUCUUCUACUCACAUCCAUCCCACCUACACAAGCGACCCAGCUGGUGAUGGUGAUAUCAACGACGAAGAAGGCGACGACUCCGUCUUCCUCCCCCCUGCCUACUUCCCCCUCACCAAUCAAUCGAGCAAUCAUCACAGACAAGGACGUCGUCUGCCUGACAUAGCUCCAGUCCGUCUGCCCAACUUCGCCGCAGCAGCUAAUCUGCAUCCACCACUCUCUGUAUCUGCAAACAAGGAAAUCGUCAAAUCACCCUCUCCACCCCUCCUGGUGGACCUUACCUGCCCCCCUUCUCCUCCUCGUAACAACGCCCCAACAAUGAUCGUCACUGAUGGACUGGAUAUGGCCGAAUACGAUAAUUUGGAGAACGCCUACUCGUCAGUUGCGCCAACCAAUCGCACGCCACUGCGUCCGACACCGCAAUACAGUGGUUGGCGGCCGCGGGAUGUGCGUGGUCAUCGACACGGAGGACUGCAUCCUCGUAAAGUCGAUAACCCUUACCAACGACACCUCCGUCUCAACGCGCACAUCGUGGAUGAAGCGCGUCGAAUAUGUCAACGUCUACACGCUAUGGGGUGGCAGUCUGCGCUGUCGUUGCGGACGCAGUCAUCGCCUUCAGCUUCUAGUUCGGAAGACCCAUCAAGCUCCAAUCGCCACAACGAGGCACCACCUGGAAAAACUAUUCUACUUCUCCCACCACCACCACCACCACCGCCACCACUACAACCACCGUCGGUGCAUCGAUAUAUACGAACUCCCAAACGCGGGGAUUACGUCAACUCUCACAGCCUUCUUCGACGUCUUCAAGGCUUCGACAGUGGAACUGUUACCACGGUCACCUCACAAAUCGAUGACGAUCAAUUGACUGACGAUGGAACAUUUGAUAGCGAAUUUCCAGACGAGGUAGAAGGCAAUAUGGUGAAUGGCGAACCACAAAGCGGCUCACUUCUGAUCCCUGCAGAUCUUUGGCUUGAUGUCGGUCGUCCACGUUCUCUAAGCAACGACUGUCUCAUAGUUCACCACGACAGCGAAAAUGACGAUGACAUCGACGGUUUUUCCCACUGUUCUCAUCCACAUCGUGGUGGAGGUGUCCUUGCUCGCGACCUUAUUCUUCGUCGAGCAGCAAAUGUCCGACAGCUCCUCCCACUCGAACUACAGCCCUUCAUGAUGCCUGGAUGCUUCAGCAGUGUCUCUGUCACCACCACCACCACCUACGCCAAAAGUAGUGGCACUGCUGCCGUCUCGCUUCAGCGCCGCGGCGACCGCAAUGGGCAUCGACAUCAACGUGGACGGCGUCGUCAUCUCCUCGUAGCAGUGCGUGGAGGUGUGAAGAGGUCCUCCAGUGAUCCUCUUCUUCCAACCGGUGUAGCUGCCAAUUUGGAUGUCAGCCUUAUUUGA